UUCUCAUGAAGAAAUAGAACCAGCAGCAGUCGCUCCUUCAUUCUCAGCUCAGCUCGGAGACAGAGACAGAGACAGACAGACAGACAGAGAUGGAUCCAGACGCAUUUCGAUCGACCUUUUCUGGCCUUGCAUUCGGAAAUGUAAUGGCAGCAGCUGCUCGUGAUUAUCAAAAGGAAAUGCUAGCUCAAGAAAAUGCCCCGGCAUCCUCAGCAACCAAUCAGGAAGUGGAUCUUGAUGAAUUGAUGGAUGAUCCAGAGCUGGAAAAAUUACAUGCAGACAGGAUCGCAGCUCUCAAGAAAGAAGCGGAGAAGCGACAAGCCUUGAAAAGACAGGGUCAUGGUGAAUACCGCGAGAUAUCCGAAGGGGAGUUCUUGGGUGAAGUUACUGGAAGCGAGCAAGUAGUAUGCCAUUUCUACCACCGUGAAUUCUACCGGUGCAAGAUCGUCGAUAAGCAUUUGAAGGCAUUGGCACCAAGGCAUUUGGAGACCAAGUUCAUCAAGAUGGAUGCUGAGAAUGCACCCUUCUUUGUUUCCAAACUAGCAAUCAAGACGUUGCCUUGUGUUAUAUUGUUCAGAAAUGGAGUUGCCAUAGACAGGCUGGUUGGGUUUCAAGAUCUGGGAGGCAAAGACGAUUUCACUACAGCGGCUCUAGAGAAUAUACUCAUCAAGAAAGGUAUAAUCAAAGAACAGAAAGACAGUGAAGAAGAUGACAACGACGAUGAUGGAGAUAAUAGCAAAUGCAGGACGGUUAGAUCCUCAGAAACACAAGAUUCUGAUUCAGAUUGAAGAUCAAAAAGAAAUCUGUGCCCUCGGUAUUUGUUAUCUGUAUUGCGUAAGAGAGAUUUAUUCAUCAUUCUGAUCUAGCAGCUCUGCCUUAGCCCAAAUUUUUAUUCCUGAGAUGGUGAGGUCAUCACCAGAUGGGGUCCACAUGUAGAGUUGGUCAAGCGAUCUGAAAUGUUGAUCCAGAUUUCAGAAAGCAUAGGCCGAAUGGAUGACCCUGGUUUUUGAUUGGUGGAUUUGGAUGUGGACCCGUUGAGAUUUUCUCUUCUCGUGUUUAUUUGAAUUCCAUCAGUCUAUGAUCGAGAAAAAACAAUCUGGAUUCUUGGUUA